AUGGCAUCUUUUGUAAGGAAUAAUCCUAUCAAUAAUGAUAACUUUAGGAUUGAUACACCACAAAAUUCUUCAAGUCCAAUUAGAAUAGCUUUCUUGGGAGAUUGUAAAACCGGAAAAACAUCCAUAAUAUCUAAAUUGUCUCAAGGAGUUUUAACCGAUACAUAUUAUCCCACAAUAAGGACAAAUUCUAACUUGCUUACCUUCUUCCCAGAAUCUCCUCAGAGUCUUAAAGUGUUAGAUCCUUCCUUCAAAGACUUUACUAGUAUUGAUGACAACCUUAAUUUGAGUCCAGUAUUGAAAAGAAUAGCUUCUAAAGGCAAUAAAAUUUUUAAAAGAAAAAGAACUGCUUCGGAUUCCACAGGUACCGAAAUUAUUGUUCAUUCAAAGAACGAUUACUAUAGAUCUUAUAAUUAUAAGAAAGAAAUUGGAAAAGCCAGUUCACCUCAUGUAACUCCAAUAUUUGUGGAAUUGAUCGAUACACCUCCUUUCAAAUCUGAUGUGGUACCUUUUUUGGAAUCUUCAUUAUACACAAACUUGGAUAAAGAUAUAUUAAAGAAUUUGGCCAAUGAACCAAGAAGAGAUGUUUCUACUAUGCCAUUAUUGGUUGCAAGUGGAGCAGGAGAUUUAAAUUCUUUGAUUGAUGGAUACUUUUUCGUCUAUAGUGCUGUACCAUCGUAUCAACCUCCAUCAUAUGAAGAAUCUUCAUCUGUUAAUUCCACGAAUGACCCUGACAGUUUACAAACUAUUAUCCGCUUAAAGCAUUCAUUAGAUGACGCAUGGAAGGAAUUUUAUACUUUCAAGAAAAAUUGGGAACAGGGUAAAGAAGCCGAUAUUUAUUCUAUCAAAGAUGCAUUGAAGAACGUCUUUUUCAACAAGAGCAUUAGUGAAGUUGAGUCUGAUAAAUUGAGUAAGAGAAAAUUCUAUAAGGAUUUAUUAGAGUUACCAAAAGAUCCAGCUAAUCCUAAUUCUGCACCUCCAAUUUGGAUCAUCUGUACCCAUGUGAAGAGUCAUUUGGCUUCACCCAUUUUGAUUGAGGAGGGAAAGAAAUACGCUAAGAAAUGGGAUUAUGGAUUUAUAGGUAUUGAUAUAACAGAAGAUUUAGAUGUAGUAAUUAGUCUAAUGAUCAGAGAAAUAGUCGAGAGAAAAAUUCUUCAAAAAUUAGAUAGAAAGUAA